AAAGUGCUCAAAAUAUAUAAGGAUGUUUUUAAAGUAUCCAGAACAAAUAACGAACGAGCUCGUGUGAAGCACUAGUGUGAAGUGUUAUAAACGAACGAAUUUCGCUAUCAAUGAUUUAAAAUCUGUUACAAUGAAAGUGACAUAUUUAUUUGUAAUUGUAUGCUUCGGCAUCACGUAUGCGAAAUAUUUGCCAAACAAUCCAAGUCCAUCAAAGGAGUUAUGGCGUCACGACACGAUCGAGUCUGCCGAGUCUAGUGAGAAUGAGCAGACCUUAGAAGAAGCAAGGCGAGAACAGAUUACAAACUAUGAGGGAAAAAUUAGGGAAGUUAUAAGAAAACAAGACGAGAAGCUAAACAAAGAAAAACUUGAACUAGAAGAAGAAAAGAGAGAAUUACAGGAAGAAAUUAAAGAAAUACAAUCUCAGUUAAGAAAUAAUAAUAGCGAUGAUGAAGACAACAGCGAGUCAUCGGAACAAGAAAAAGAUCAGGAAAUACGCAAACUCACUGAAAAAUUACAUGAGAUUCAAAGAAAGUAUGAAGAAAAACAGAGGAAAUACCAAAGGAAAUUAGAAGAAGAAAAAAGGAAACUGUAUAAUAAAUUACAAAAAAAAUUGAGGGAACUGCAACAGAAAUACGAAGAACAAGAGCGCAAGAAUCGCGAACAGAGAGAGAAACUGCAACGUAAACAAGAAGAAGAGAACAGAAAACUCCAGCUGAAGAAAGAAGAACAAGAACGUAAGAUCCGUGAGAACAUUGAGAAGGAGAAUCGUAAACGAGAAGAUGACAGAAUCAAACAAGAACAAAAGCGAUUGGAAAAGGAAAACAAAAAAGUCAAUCAACCAGAAAUAAUUCAGACUGAGAACAGUUCGGAGUCCUCAGAGGAUGACGACUUGGAUGUUGAGGAUAUCUGGAAACAAUAUGUUUAUGAAAAGUACGGUGUGCCAGCAAAUAGCUCUAAAAUAGAGAAAAAGAUAGCAAUUAACAGAUAUUUGUAUGAAGAACUAGGAUUGACAGCUAACAGUACAAAGAGCGACAGAAGACAAGCUGUUAUAAAGCUUUUGCAAACAGAAUUACAACAAACUACUCAAUCUGGAAGCGGCCUUAAGAAUUAUCUUGCGAGUCAUGUAAAUGCAGCAGGUAUCCAAAUAUUACAAGCACAACUUGAUGAAGAAAUCAAAAGUCUAAAUAAUGAGUCCCAACUAUUAAACAAUAUUACAUUCCCAUGGGUAGUGGUUGCUCAGCAAAACAUCGAAGAAAAAAGAACUUUACUGCAAACUGUAUCUACAUUUUUAGCAAAUCUUUUACCAAACUGGGUUACUGGUGGUGUAGGAAGUAAUGCAGGACCUGCAUCUAAUACUGGUACUAUUAGUGGAUCAUCUGCAGGAGCAGCGAGUACUGGUUCUGUUUCAUCUUCAAACACUGUUGCUCCAGGAACUUCAUCAGUAAACCCUGACUCUGCAUCUCCUGCAAUCCCUGUUGCCCCCGGAUCAGUAGCAAGUACAGGCUCAUCAACCUCUUCAAAUUCUGUUAAUGACGUUGUACCUUCCAUUAACGAUGGUUCUACUUCUUCGAUAGGCUCAAACUCCAUUGGAACUCCUGGAUCUACAACUGACGGAGCUUCUUCUGAAAUUGAUGCCUCCACUUCUGCUGCUGUUGACGGAAUUACCUCUGUUGCCGUUGACGGUACUGCCUCUGUAACUGAUGCCUCCACCUCUGUUGUAAUUGAGGAAUCUGCCCCAAGUGCUGACGCCUCUACCUCCAUUACCGUCGAUGGAGCGGUUCCUAGUGCUAACACCUCAACCUCUGUUACCGUAGACGGAGCACCCUCCGGAGCUGACGUUUCUGCCUCUGUAGGCACCGAAGGAUCUACUACAAAUGUUGAUAUUUCCACCACUGCUGUUGAUGCAUCCGUCCCUGGUGGUAGCGCUUCUACUUCCACCGCUGUUAACGGACCUACAUCUGGAGCUGAUGCCACGACCUCUGUUGAUGGAUCUGCCCCAACUGCUAGCGCCUCUAGCUCUGUCACCAUUAAUGAUGCUGCCGCAGAUGGAGCUGUAUCAGGAGCUGACAUUUCUCCCUCUGUUGUCACCGACGGAUCUUCUGAUACUGUUGAUGUCUCCACCUCUGUUGCCGUUGAUGGAUCUACCUCAAGUGUUGACGCAUCGGUUGUUGUUGACGGACCUGCCUCUAAUGGUGAUGCCUUAACUAUUGUUACCGUAAACGAAACAGCCUCUGGAACUGAUGCUUCUGCCUCUGUAAGCACAGAUGGAUCUUCUGGCAGUGUUAAUGCCUCCACGUCUGUCAUUGUUGACGGAUCUACCCCUGGUGCUGAUGACUCUAACUCCGUUGCCAUUGAAGGAGCCGCAUCUGGAGUUGAAACCUCAAACUCUGUAACAAUUGACGGACCUGCCUCUGGCGCUAACGCCUCAAUCUCUGUCAUAGUUGACGGAUCUGCCCAAAGUUCUGACGCAUCUACCUCCGUUGCCAUUGAUGGAGCAGCAUCUGAUACUUCUACUUCUGUCACCGUCGAAGGCUCUGGUACUGAGAAUUCUGCUUCUGUAGCUACCGGCGGAUCUUCUGUUGUUGUUGACGGUCCCACUUCCAUCGCCGUUGACGUUUCUGUCCCAGGUGCUGACGUGUCGGCCGUUGCUGAAGGAUCUGCCGAUGGCACUGAAGCCUCUACCACGAUUACCGUCAACGAAGCCGCCUCUGGAGUAGAUGCUUCUACCUUUGUCAACUCAAAUGAAGCCACUUCCAGUGUGGACGCUUCAACCUCAGUUAACCUUGCUGGAGUUACCUCUAGUUCUGACACAACUUCUGUAGCCGCUGAAGGAUCUUCAGCUACUGUUGACGCCUCCACCUCUGUCAACGAAGCCGCCUCUGGAGUAGAUGCUUCUACCUAUGUCAACUCAAAUGGAGCCACUUCCAGUGUGGACGCUUCAACCUCAGUUAACCUUGCUGGAGUUACCUCUAGUUCUGACACAACUUCUGUAGCCGCUGACGGAUCUUCUGCUACUGUUGAUGCCUCCAUCUCUGUCGCCAUUGAUGGAUCUGCAACUGACAUUGAUGCUUCGAAUACUGUAGCAGUUGAUAGUGCAGCAUCUAGUAUUGAUGCUUCGACUUCUAUAACUGCUGAUGGAUCUACCUCUGUUUCUGACGUCUCUACUUCUGUAGCUGCUGAUGGAACGGUCACUAGUGCUGAUGCCUCUGUCACCGUGGAUGGGACCGCCCCUACUAAUGUCGCCUCUGCUGGAUCAGUAUCUGGUUCAGACGCCUCUGCCUCUGUAGCUGCCGAUGUGUCUGCCUCAAAUGCUAAUGCAUCCUCUGUAGCUGCUGAGGGAUCCAAUGAUGCUGCAACUUCAAGCACUGAUGCUUCAGUAAACGCACCUGCUGAAACGGCAGCCCCUAGUGUGGACGUAUCAAACUCUAUAGACACUGAUGCUGCGGCUUCAAGUACUGAUGCUCCAAUUAAUGCACCUGCUGAAACGGCAGCCCCUAGUAUAGAUGUAUCAAACUCUGUAGCCACUGAUGCUGCGGCUUCAAGCACUGAUGCUCCAGUCAACGCACCUACUGAAACGGCACCCCCUAGUGAGGAUUUAUCAAACUCUGUAGCCACUGAUGCUGCAGCUUCCAGCACUGAUGCGCCAGUCAACGCACCUGCUGAAACAGCAGCCCCUAGUGUAGAUGUAUCAAACUCUGUAGCCACUGAUGCUGCGGCUUCAAGCACUGAUGCUCCAGUCAACGCACCUACUGAAACGGCACCCCCUAGUGAGGAUUUAUCCAACUCUGUAGCCACUGAUGCUGCAGCUUCCAGCACUGAUGCGCCAGUCAACGCACCUGCUGAAACAGCAGCCCCUAGUGUAGAUGUAUCAAACUCUGUAGCCACUGAUGUUACAGCUUCAAGCACAGAUGCUUCAGUCAACACACCUGCUGAAACGGCAGCCCCUAGUGUAGAUGUAUCAAACUCUGUAGCCACUGAUGCUGCAGCUUCAAGCACUGAUGCUUCAGUCAACGCAUCUGCUGAAACGGCAGCCCCUAGUGUGGAUGUUUCAAACUCUGUAACCACUGAUGUUACAGCUUCAAGCACAGAUGCUUCAGUCAACACACCUGCUGAAACGGCAGCCCCUAGUGUAGAUGUAUCAAACUCUGUAGCCACUGAUGCUGUAGCUUCAAGCACUGAUGCUGUAGCUUCAAGCACUGAUGCUCCAGUCACCGCACCUGCUGAAACGGCAGCCCCUAGUGUAGAUGUAUCAAACUCUGUAGCCACUGACGCUGCAGCUUCAAGCACUGAUACUUCAGUCAACGCACCUGCUGAAACGGCAGCGCCUAGUGUAGAUGUAUCAAACUCUGUAGCUACUGAUGCUCCAGCUUCAAGUACUGAUGCUCCAGUCAACGCGCCUGCUGAAACGGCAGCCCCUAGUGUGGAUGUAUCAAACUCUGUAGGCACUGAUACUGCGGCUUCAAGCACUGAUGCUUCAGUCAACGCACCUGCUGAAACGGCAGCUUCUAGCGUAGACUUAGCUACUACAGAAACUGCUAUCUCAAGUACAGACGCUUCAUCAAUAGUAGCUGAAACGACUACGCCUAACAACGAUGCUACUGUUUCAAACAAUGAUGCUUCGUCUGUAGCAACUGAAAUUUCAGAUCCUAGUACAGAUGCUUCCAUACCUGUAGCCACGGAAACUGCUGCCUCGAGCACUGAUGCUUCGGCAGCUGUUGAAGUAAUUGCCACUGAUGCUUCGACCUCAAUUGCUGACGCAGUUCCUAGUGAAUCUUCUGUGUCCACUUUAACGGCAGACAGUGCUAUUAGUAGUACGGUAGUCGGUGAAGUAUCUGAGUCUAUUGUAGAUACGUCUGCAUCAAGCACAGAAGCCGCAGUUGUAAUUGCGUCAACAAAUGCUCCCGUUGAUGUUUCACCAACCGAUGGAGUUGUCACAGAAAAUUUUGCAACAGAAGUUACACCAAAUACGACUACAACAUCUUUGAUUAGUUCAACAGAAGCCGCCACUGUUAUAGUUGAAUCAAGCACUGAUAGUGUUUCAGCAGUAACAAUCGUACCCGUCCCAGUUCAGUCAAUAAAUGUGAAUAAUGUUGCCGUCCCAUUGGAAGAAGGAGCAACCAUAGUUGAUAUAACCACGCAAUAAUAAAAUAGUAUUAUUAUUGUUAUAGAUUAUAUGAUUUUGUUGAUUAUUAUUUUAUGUAAAUUGUAUGUAAAUAAACAGAGCAUUUUA